CUAAAAACCAGUUAAAAAAGUUGCUUGUCUUGAACCUAACGGCUCGUAUUUCUGAAAUAUGUAAAUUUCAAUAGUCUAAAUGCAGUUGUGCCGGACUUCAAAGUGUAUAUAGGAUAAACUUCGUAGUAUUUUAAAGAUAUAAAUAUAUAUAUAAUAUAUAUGCAGCAAUAAUUAAACUAUCUAGAUGCAUACAAAAUCGAAGUUGACGUUUUUCAAUAAACGGUAUCGCAAACAAAUAUGGGCUACUUUAACAGAACAUAUUAUGACGUUCGUGCAUGCCGCUGGACUGGGUUGGCUCUCUCCAACACUGAAUAUGCUGCAAUCAUCUGCUUCCCCGCUUGAUUUCCCUGUCACAACUGAGAAUGCCUCAUGGAUUGGUUCCACUUUUGGUUUGGGUUUUAUAGCAGGGAAUGUGUUCUUUGGCCUCACAUUAGAUCGGCUGGGACGGAAACUCAAUAUAUACAUUUUGGCUUUUCCACAAAUGAUUUUCUGGAUACUGAAUUACAUGGUACUAAGUGUCGAAUACUUAUAUAUCGGACGAUUUUGUGCUGGACUCGCCAGUGCUGGUAUCUUCCUGGUGGUGCCGGUUUACAUAAGUGAAAUAUCCGACAAGGACAUACGCGGAGCAUUGACAGCCAUGGCCAUGAUGUUCUUCAGCACCGGUUUGCUAGUGGGAUAUAUUUUAGCAACUUAUGUCGACUACUAUCUUAUUCCUUGUAUAAUUAUUGUGUUACCUCUUAUUUAUCUCGUUGGAAAUAUAUUUCUACCCGAAACGCCGCAAUGUUUGUUGAAACAAGGGCAUCAGAAAGAAGCGGAGAUAUCUUUCAACUUCUAUAAAAGUAUUGAGAUAUAUGACAAUGGAGUAAAUCGUUCCUCAGCACAAUCGACUGAAAUAAUAAGUGAAUUUGAUGAGUUGCGGGCGAUCAUAGAUAAAGGUGGUCUAUCAACGCCAGUCACAAUUAAAGAUUUCAUCAACCGUUCCACACUCUUCAAUUUCUUUACUGCUGCCAUUUUAGGUUUACUCAAUCAGUUCUCCGGUAGUUUUGCCAUGAUUAACUAUAUGGCGAAUAUUUUCGCUGCAUCCGGUUCGACAAUGGAUCCGAAUGUUUGCAGUAUCGUUAUGGGAUUCGUGCAGAUAAUGGGCGCACUCUCGGCUACUGUGUUAGUAGAGCGUUUCGGUCGGCGUCCGUUACUCUUAUCCUCGACUGUCGGCAUGAUGGCAGGGAUGUACGGUUUCGGUGCUUUUGUACAGUUUACUGAUGCAGAAAUGAAGGCCACUUAUAAUUGGGUUCCCAUGGUGUUCAUGAUGCUGGUCGUGUUCACAGCGUCUUACGGAGUAUUUGGAAUAUUUAUUACUAUUGUGGUGGAGAUGCAUCCGGCAAAAAUCCGUGUGCAGGCUUUAUCGAUUUGCAUGCUAUUUAAUAGCAUUCUGGUGUUCAUAACCUUGAAACUAUAUCCAUUUUUCUUAUUUAACUUGGGCAUUACGAUAACAAUGUACUCUUGUGCCAGCGUUUGUGUUAUAGCCGGUAUUUAUCUUUACAUAUUUUUACCUGAAACCAAAGGCAAAUCAAUGGAAAAGGACUAGGAAUAUAUGUAUAUACGCCGAUAUUGUUGUUUGCUUAAAUCAAUAAUGUCCAAGUACGCAAGGAGAUUAUUUUUUUUGAUUUUGUUUUUUUAAGUUUGAAAUAACAUAACAGAAAUUUGUGAAAAUAUGU